AUGCGACUAAUCCUCUACUUGACUGUAUUCUUAUUGGGCCUUUCCUAUGGAAGAAUACAAAAAAGGCAUAUGCGACUAAUCCUCUACUUGACUGUAUUCUUGUUAGGCCUUUCCUAUGGAAGAAUACAAAAAAAUCAACGGGUUUACAAGAGAAGAGCGCCUUCAGCUUUUCAAUUGGCACGAUUACAGCGAGACUACGACGACUACGACUCUGGCGAUUCUGCUGGUGGGAAAGGAAGAGGUGAUCCUUCAUUCUAA